AUGAGUUCUGUACAAGGCUCCAGUGUACACAAAGUGCUAAGUAGGAAUAAAAUGAAGGUUGCCUUUGACCAUGGUUUGGUAUGUGGAGGUAUAAAUAAAGGUACAAUCAAAAUGGAGAAGAAGCAAAAUGCAGAGUCGGACGUACAGAACUACGGUUGCCAUGUGCCAGUCAAAAAGGGACAUUACUUUGGCGAAAAUGCAAAAGUGUUCCUUCUUGUUAUGCGCCACUUACACAGGAGGCAUGAUAACCAGAAUGCCAUCUAUGGGGCAGCGAAGAGAACUAAUUCUUUGAGCAAUAUCAAGUGCGGAGUUUUGCUGUUACUUGUAUUGUAUAAGAAUAGGAAGAAGGCUAGUCUUGUCGCCGACUUUGCGGUGAAUUCGAGUACCCUAGGAGGUGUCCUGUCUCAGUGGGUAGAGACAUAUGACAGUGGUGAUACCGGUCCCGAUGAUGGGGCGGAACAGGCAGCCGAGAGGGGAGGUCACGGUGAUGACGAGAAGGGUAUCUACCUCGAUGGAUAUUCCUUAGGAAGAACCGUCUCGCCACCUAAGAAAAAUAAUAUGCUCUUUUUAAAAAGAAGCGGGGAUUGUCCGUUUCUGCCAUUUUGUAAAAAUGCCAAUUGCGUAAAGGUGACAAAAAAAAUAGGCUACAACAAGAGAACCAAAAGAAGGGGAAACAUUCAUGCGAAGUUUCAUCGGGGGGGUAGCUCCAAAUGGUCUUGCUGUUCGCCGAAGGGUGCUGACCUGGCUGCAAGUGAACAGUUGGUAAACUCGGGAGAGGUGCAGCGAUUUGACGAAACGGAGAAUUGCUUCAUGGGAAGGAGCACUCUAGUGAAGACAUCCCUCGCUAUGGAGCAACUCGCCAAGGCGCACCUCGCAACGCGCAGGUCCAUCUGCAGCACUAAUGUUAACCGUACAAAAACGAGCAACAAAUGUACAGUCAGUCUAUUGUGCAGGCCAAGUGGCUUACGGUGCGCAGGAUAUGCGAUCCGAAGGAACAAACAGACAAUUGGUUCCUUCGCCACUAUUCACGAUUUAAAUUUUUGUAAGAAAAAUGAGCAGAAGGUUUUAUGUUCCCACAUGCAUAACAACGACAUAAGUGCAGAAGGAGCUAACACAGACGAUGCAGUUACCCCUUUACAUUCGGGACUUUUCCAUGCCAAGGGGAAAGAUCCACAAAUUACACCCAAACGUGAAGCACUAAUUUUGACAUCGAGGGACUAUCAGAAUGUUCCUUUUAUUUCUCCCUUUUCCACCUUCGGAAAGGUAGGAGGAAAUAAAAAUAUAUUUGUAACUAUAGGGAACGGUAAAAUGAGUAACAGCUGCGGUAGAGCCAACUGGUGCAGUGGUAAGAGCCGCUUGGAAAGAACCCCCCUUUUGUGUUUUCAUGCGAUUAAUCGGUUUGUAUCCAACAGGGUUGCCCUCAUUGUGGUGAUAGCCCAAAGAACAGUCUGUGAUGUUGUCAAAUUGCUGUUCCAAGUUGCCAUAACUAGGGUGGCACGAAUGGCAGCCUUAAUGAGUGUCAUUGUAGGCUCCUUAGCAAUUGCGCUGAGGGAGAUUCUCCUGUCUGCUCAACUUUGCGCCCAGAUGGUGGCAUCCCUAUUGGCGAAGCGGCCACCUCUAAUAAUCGGACAAAGGAAGUGCAGUGAAGCGAGGAGCCCAGCACAGAGAUGCAUAUCUACCAAGAAAUGUAACCUAUUAAGCAUAUCACUGAAGGAUUGCACCUCCGAUCAGGUAAUUUCUUCCCACGGUAGAAGCACACUUAGAUUAUUCUCAAGUUGUACCUUUUCGAAAAAAGAAAGUGACAUAUGCAAGGUUCGUUUCCCUUCAGUGGAGAGUCCACCAUCUGAUAAUUUGAAAGUGGAAGAAAACAACUCCCUGAUAGCAGUGCAUAUUAGGAGGGAGAGUAAUGGAGCACAGAAUGUUACCCUAGUUGAUAUGCCUAGAGAAAGAAUUAAACAGGAAAAAAUAAAACAACCCGCGUAUAUCUUUUUUCCGCUUUGUAACACAUCGAAUGUGUCUUGGGACAGGGAGGACUACUUGAUGGUUGUGCCCACUCACCCGAUUGUUCAUGUCGGGGGUAGAAGCGAAGACCGGAGAGGGACCCACCUCAAGGUGGCCAUCCACCACACCUUGGGCGAGUUGAUUAUUUCACUUUUUUUUGUAAUGCAUGUGAUGUCCGUCCGUUUAUGUGUCUCCAUGAUAGCCAUUUUGAAUGAGGAAGGCGAUGCAAUGUUAAGCAUGUUUUUUUCGAAGAAGGGGGCAUCAACUAGAGUGCUCACCUGCGUCGUUUCUUCCCGUUUGGUCCAUUUACUGGAAAAAUAUUUCAAAGCAGAUUUGCGUGAAUCGCUUAUUUUUUACCUAAACGGUGCAGGUAAAUUUGGCAGAAAAAUGGAGAGAACAACCGGCAGCAAAACGGACAGUGAUUAUGCUGCCACGAAUUUAUUGCGAUCUUUGUAUUAUUACGCACCUAUCAUCAUUGCCCCUUUUUUGUUUGUUUCAGGAAUGAACACUAUAUGUUGUGUUUCCUCGGAUCAGAAUGAAAUGAAGAACAAGACCGUCAUCCCGACGUUACUAUCGAUCCUAGGUAAAACUCGAAGGGGUGGCGACCAUGCGUGGAAAUAUAACUUCAUUAGAAGGGACCCCCACGUGUGUAGCAACCAAGAAGGUGACAGCGAAUGGGGCGGUAAUAACAACGAUUAUGCGGAGGGUGGUAGUAGUCCUAGAGGAGGAAACCCCAAUGAAGGUGACAAUCCCCCUCAAGAAGUCAAUAAUAACCCCAAUGGCAAUGGUAACCAAGGAGGUGACAAAGGCGAUAGGGAUAACCGAGAUGGGAAUGACAACAAUGAGGAGCAGAGGGGGGGCUUCCCAAAGGAGCGGGAGGAAGAGGAGGAAGAAGAAGAUGAGAAUGCUCUGAUGGAAAAUCAAAAUGGGAAGACGAAAAAGAAACGGAAAAAGAAAUUAAACGAUAAAAGUAGGAAUAUUAAUAAAGCCACCAGUGCAAGGAGGAACAAAAAAAAAACGAAUACCCUAAUAGAUACGCCAGACCAGAGUAACAUGGCUGCAGGCAACUACGGAGGUGUGCGUAACAUGAAACAGUUUCACACAUUUGGAGGACUGAAUAGCAUUGCCGGUGUGAAUAACAUGGGAGGCAUGCACAAUGGCUCCUUCCUUUAUAAUAACCACGUGCCAGAUAAAAUUAUGCAUGACGGUAUGGGUAAGGUAAAUAUGAAGCCGGGGGGCGGUUAUCCCAGUAGGAUGGGUGGCGAUACGAACUAUCAGAUGGGUGGUCAUGCUGGCGGUCAUGUUAGCGGCCAUAUUGGCGGCCACGUAGGGGGGAAUAUCCCCGCGCACAGCGGCGGCAAUGCGGUCGGCCAGGUACACAACGGGAAUUUUAACAUGUACAUGAAUAACCGCGGGAGCAUGCCUUAUGUACCCCCUUAUGCCAAUUCUAACGGCCCCAUUGGAAUGAAUUUGAACAACGCGAUGGGAGGGUCGAUGAACGGCUCUCUGAGUAACCACGCGAAUAGCAGCGGCCAGGCCAGCAGUUCGAUGCGGGGCCAGAUGAACCACAUGAACAACGGCUUCCGAAACAGCGUGAUGAAUAACAACAGCGGUCAGAUGAAUCGAAUGAUGACCAACUCCCUCAGUCCACACCUAGCGAGCAGCGGCGUGAAUAGAGGCCUGAACAGCGGCGUAAACAGCGUAGGUAGUAAGAUAGGUAACUACGGGAUGCACUUUAACCAGCCUAAGGGAAACGUAGCGAAUGAGCACGUGGGAAAUAAGAUGAGUUUCCACAUGAAUGGUCAGAUGGGAGUAGGAUGUGGAGUGCAGAGUGGAAUGAAUAACGGAGGCAACAACAGCUUUGCGCACCCCUCGAGCAACAACGUGGGAAACGUACCCAAUAGCCUGGGCAGUUCAGUAAGCAGCAGCGCCAACAUGAAUAUGGAGGGACAACCACCAAGUGCCAGCAAUCAUAAGAAGGGGCACGGGAAUCUGCACCAGGGAGGCAAAAGGAUGAGCACGAGUUCGCUGUGUAACCAAAUGGGAAGUCUCCAGGGCGGCAAGGCGGGGGCACACAUGAAUGGUCAUAUGCAUAGUCCGGGGAGUGGCCACAUGACCAACCAGGUGGGCGGACCUGCGAUGAGUCAAAGGAGCGGAUCAUUGAUGAGUCAGUCUAGCGGGCACUCGAACAGAGGACUCACCAGUACAAUAAACAUGAACAAGUUGAGCAACGCCAGGAAACUCAAAAGCGGAAAUGGAAAUUUAGGCAUGAACAAUCAUAUGAUGAAUCAAAUGGGUAGCUACGUGAGCCUCCAAAGGAGUCUCAAUUCUGUGACGAAAAAUAUGAUGAGUGUGAAUGCACCCGACGGAAUGAACAAUGGCAAAAUGAAAGACACAGUCAUGAACAACAGUGUGUAUAGGAGCAACAGUCUCUUGAGCGACCCCCUGAUGUACAGCAACAAGGCGGGCCAAGGGAGCGCCAUGAAGAGUGAGAUGAUAAACAGCGACAUGAUGAAGAGUGAGGUGAUAAACAGCGAUAUGAUGAAAAAGCAGAUGAUGAAGAAGAACCAGAUGAAGAAAAACGGGAUGAUGAAAAAUGAGAUGAUGAAAAAUGAGAUGAUGAAAAAUGAGAUGAUGAAAAAUGAGAUGAUGAAAAAUGAGAUGAUGAAAAAUGAAAUGAUGAAAAAUGAGAUGAUGAAGAAUGAGAUGAGAAAUAAUAACAGUUAUAUGAUGGGCAUGAUGAACGACAGCUUCGUCAACAUGGGAUCAGGACCGGGACCGCAUCUAAGUUUCCCUCCCAUGAAUAGCCUCCCCAUCUGCAGCAAUGGAAGCGCCAUGAAAUUUGCAGGAGAUAGAUACACCAUGAGUAAGAUGUCCCCCAACAGCAGCGUAGAAGGAGGAGUAAGCGGUGGAGUAUCUAGCGGAGUCGCUGGCGGUGUAUCUGUCGGAGGAACCAAUGGGAACGUCGCCAUGAUGAUGAACAGAGAUAUGAGCGAAAUGGGUAACCCCCCUGGAAUGAUGAACUAUCUAAGUGGCAACAAUUUUGUAAAUAAAAAUAUCAAAGGGGUGAAGAUGGAGACCGGUUACCCCUUUGAGCAGAUGAACAUGAGGAGUGACCAGAUGCAGCAUUUGGAAGUCCAUCAAUCCAAUAUGGGCAACUUGCAUAUGAUUGUUAAUAGUUCCAAAAUCUACCUGAACAAUGUGCAGGUAGGAAAUGAGAAGUUGAGUGGCGGAAAUUUUGUUCAGGGAGAAAGUAAUCAGCUUUAUCCGUAUGAAAGUGGAGCAAACAGCAAAUGGGGAGGUAGUAGUGUGCAUAAGGAUAACGACGAUCUGAAAGGAAUAGGGAAUGCCAUUGCAUGUGGAACUGUGAACGAUGUAGGAAGUGUCAUUAGCAAUCAAAACAAUACAGUCGUCAGUAGCAAGAAAAAAAACAAGAACAAUUUGAAAAAUGGAAGGGAAGACGAAUUCAAUAACAGCCAUAAUUUAAGGAGUGUAAAAAUUAACUGGAGUAAAUAUGAUAGCAUUUUUAAAAAAAUAAAAUUAGAAAAGGAUUACGAAAAAUUUAUCAACAAAGAUGAGGAGAAGAAGAACCUGUCUGAUGCAGAUACGGAAGACAAAUCGGAUGAUUCCGAUGAGAACCCAGACCCAGGAUUUAAUGACCUCCUCAAUAUUAACUUUAGGUCUUUCAUCCAUGAUUACAAUGAUGUGUUGAAUAAGUUAAACUCAAUCAAAGUGAAUGAUAAAAAUGCGUUUAAGAAUAAUGCCUACACAGAAUUGUAUGAGGAGAUCUUCCUAAACAUUGAGCGUUUUUUUGACAUUUCGCAACUAAGGCAUGAAAAUAAUUUUACGCAUUCGAAUUUUUAUAAGAACACCCUUGAUCGUGUUAGCGGAGGAGACAUCCUUCUCUCUAAUGGUAGUGGGAGCCAUUGCUACCAAGGGGGGGUAACUUCCACCGAGGUAGUGGCAGUAACUCCUACUGCACCAUCUGCGACCGCGUCUAGUGUGGCCCAUGACACGCGAAAGAUGAAACCCAACGCAGGAGGAAGCUCACAGGUUGAGCAGCCCGAGAAGGGGACUCACGACGGUGAAGAUGAAAUUAUGAAAAAGAGCAAGGCGAACUUCUUUCAAAGUGUGUCCCGCAGCGCGGGGAAUAAUUCACUCUUCGAAAUGUUAUUAAAAAAGAAGAAAGAGUUUGACGAAAUUUGCAUGCUGCAUAACUUGGACUGGGCGCUGCCGGAUGGGGAAACUGCCUCCCCUAACGAGGCCAAUGGCCAGAAUGUGGCGCCCACCGGGAAGAAUUUUACCCCCGCUGAGAAGAAUUUCCCCUACGCCGACAUGAAUUUCACAUCCAGCACUUUGCAGGGCUCCCCUGCGAAAAAUAAGAUAGACGUGCCCGCGCUAGACUACCAAAACGGUGCUGCCCACUUGGGGAGCGUCAACCUUCGGCAGACACACGAGAGCAACCCAGGAACGAACAAAAAGGGAGGGAAUGAAAUAAAAAACGCAGCCUACCAAAACCACUUCAUCGAAAAGAUACUAUCGAAACGAUACAGGACUUAUUCCAUUAACGAAUUUGUAAAUGUCCAGCUGAAUGACAACCUGCUUGAACUUAUCGACAUGCAUAAGCAGAACCUCUGUUUUAACAUCAGGAAGAUGCUGAAGAAAAAAAUGAGCCACCAGAGAAAGAGACGCUUCGAUUGGCAUUAUGGCGCCAAGGCGAAGAGGCGAAUUAGUAAGAAGACGCGCAAAGGUAAGAAAAAAGAAUUACUCAUGGGAAGGAAAAAAAAAAGGAGAAGGAUAAUACCUAAGGGGAAGGAGUUUCCCAGCACAACCUUGAACGUGAUGGGAAAGAUCAGCAACGGUGAUGAGUUGCCGAGUGGAGAAGCAGGACUGGAUGCCCACUUGGGAGACGAUCACCUCGUCACAGAAGGGAAGAACCCAUCUGGGGAGGAUAUAGACAAACCGCUUUUUAUCUUCUCAUCGGGAAAUUCUAGGAAGAAAAAGAAAAUCGAUCAAGACGAUUCUGCUAAUGUGGGGGGUAGGAAAAAUGAUCAGCAUUUGCCUCCAGGGAGGAAGUGCAAGGAGGAGGAACGAAAAGAUGAUGCUGGAGAAGCGAAGCCUGAAGGAUUGGAAGACCCGAGUGAAAACCCAGAUGGUUCCAUGAACGAAAUUUUGGACAAGCUAUCCUUGGGGCUCCUGGAAGGGAAGGUAAACUCCACGGAGAAGAGCCAAGGGGAAAUGAAAAAUAAGAGCGACAGUACAGUGGACCACAGCACGGUGGAGAAGCACAGUACGAUGGGGAAGAACGGUGACAUUAGCCUCUACAUGGAGAAGAAUGUCACGCAGAAAGAAUAUGAGCGACGUAUGAAUGGAGGCCUGAUUCAUGCAUCAAAAAUGGCCUGUAUCAAUCUCUCCAUCAGCAGAGUGCAAAGAAGAUUAUUGGAGGAAAGGCGAAAGAGCAAAUCCAACAAGCGAAAAAAAGUGAUGAAUCUUAAGUACAAAACGAAUGCAAUCAUAGACUUUGGAGAUAAAAUCGUCUGGGUGUCAUUCGAAUUCAACCAACUGGACACUCUGAGGAAGAUCAAAAAUAACAUGUUCAAUCUGUACAAUUUGAGUCAAAUAGAGAACAUGAAAGAAUCAGAGAUAACCUUGGAGAAGUGCAUUACGAAUGAAAUGAGAAAAUAUAAAAAUGUAAAAAUUCGAUUUUAUAAAUUCCUCAGUUACUACGAUUUUGUUUUUUUGAAGAACCGAUUGAACUUCAUCAAAAUUAAGUAUAGGGAUGGGGUGACAAAGACUCCGAGAGGGAUGAGCUUACCAGGUAGUUCAAUUCCGAGGCUGGCCGAUACGCAGGAGGAGCACACAGCUGAGGCUACCUUGGUAGGAGUGCCUCUCAGUGAGAGUGGCGCUGCAGCCAUCUUAAGUGACCCGACUACUGCUAAUGUCCAAUGCGACGCGGUGGAAAACAGAUACAAGAGUGAUAGCUCCCCUCAGGAUGGAACUACUCAAGGUAAUGACCGCGAGUCUUGGAGGGACGCUCUAUUGAGCGAUCCCCACGCUAGUGCCGAGCUCGUCACGAAGGAUAACCCACAGGGAGAUGUAGCCUCUAUCGAAGAGGGGCUCAUAAAAAGAGGAGAACUGAACAGCGGAGGCAAUCCCCCUGUUUUGAAGAGUGAAGGGGCAGACCAGCCGUCGCAGGGUGAUGAGGUUGGAACGGAGCAGCAUCACUCCAUUCGAGAGGGGUCCCUCACGCAGGAGCAAUUUCUUUCCCCUCCACAUACUGCCUCCAUCUUCGCGAAGAGUGAGCACCACAAGAGCGAAGUGAUAUACCCGUACAUGCAGUUCGCCAACAGAACAGAUGGCGACAUAAGUGACCUUCUAAAUGACGUGAAGAAUAUGUGCAUCGACUCAAACGACCAUAUGAUCAAAAAAAACAAGCUAAGGAAGGACAUAACACUCUUCCCACUGAUUGACAGGAAGAGGCUCAAUACCUACAUCCGUCUCGAUUUGAAUGCCCCUCCUAAGAAGGAAGAACUUGUCCCAAAUGAAAUCGCCAACAAUCAUUCAUUGGACAAAGAUAUGAACACCCUUAACAAAUUCUUGAGUGCAAAUUUGACGCUUGAAAAAAUGGAAUAUGGAAAAGUCGGACCAGGAAUAACUGGAGGAGCAGUAGGAACAGCAGCUAGCUCAGUCCCUGGCGAAGGAAUCAUUUUAGAAAGUUAUGAUCAUGCAAGGAACAACCACAUGCAUAGUGAUAAACAGAACGCAGCGAAUUCUAUCCUGAUUGAUAACUUCGUCUGGUCGAAUAAUCCCUCCCUUUUCAGCAUCUUCGAGAAAUAUUAUCUGCUGUUAAAAAUGCAAAAGUAUAUUCUCCAAUAUAGGCAUUUUUCAAAGAAUAGCAUUAAGAAGAAACUAAGUUCCGAAUCGAAUUGCGAUGUUUAUUCCAGUUCUAAUUCGUUCAAUGGUUCGUCUAGUGGGAACGUCAGAAGGAGAAGGAAGGCUGGAAAAGGAAGUAAGGGUGCAAAGAGGGGCGCAGGUCAUAGAUUCUCUUCCAAAGGGGGAAGCAGGGAGGGGGUGGCUGAGGUGAAGACAUCCCCUAAUGAUGGCAUCCCCGUGGGUGCGAUUGGUGUGAAGCGCAGGAGAAAGGCUGGAGUGAGUAGCAGUGAGCCAUGCAAGGAAUUAAGCGGUUCGCCUAGUGGCGCCGAAAUGGUGUGCGAGAAGGAUGCCAUGAAUGAGUGUUCUCUGGUGAGUGUCGAGAAGAGUGAACAGUUCGAAGAAACCCCACUUGUGAAGAUGGAACCGGAGGAGGAGCCGACGUGUGUGGAAUCGAUCAAGAAUGAAGAAGGGGGUGACAUGCAAGGGAUGGCCGUCGAAAAAGAUAGUGCACCCAUUGGGAAGGGAAUCAACGGCAGUGUAGAAAUACCCCCGGACCAGGUUGACUCGUCCUACCCGGCCGUGAAGAAGGAAGUGGAGGAAGAGGCGACUGCAAUAAGAAGUAUCUUGGCCGAUGAGGCGAAUGUGUCAAGUGGAGGGCCCAUGAUGCAAGAUGCCUGCAUGGCGAACGAACAGAGUGUGAUGCCAACGUGCAGAAGUGGGAGACUCAGGAGCGCAAGUGUGAGAAGCUUACACAGGAGCAACCUGCCCCAGAGAGGUUUGACCAAGAGGGAGGUGAGCUUCCUGAAGAUAGAAAAAGACAGAGACGGAGAUGGGGAGGCCGAUAGGGAUGUAGACAGAGACGCGGAUAGAAGCGUCGAUGGGGAUGUGCACGGAGACGCCGAUGCGGACGCUUAUAGAGACUCAGACGGAGAGGCAGAACUCGACUCAGAGCUCGACCUGGAUGACGGAAGCGGGACGAAAAGGAGAGGAAGGAAAAGAGGAAAAAAGAGGGGCAGGAAAAAAGGAGGAAGAAAUAAAUUCAAAUCAGAAGAAGAUAAAAUGAGGGAAGGAGAAAAUAACAAAACAAUUUGGAGAAAAGCAAAAGGAGAAAAUGAGAAGAAUCAAAUGGAGGAAAACAAAGGAUUAACAGAUCUUCCAAACAAUGAAGACAUGCUGGACGAAAUGGAUAAAGAAAUCUUAGCCAACGAGGUUAUACCAAUCGAUAAAGACAUCAUAAUCGAUCUGCUAUGCGAAGAGGAAAAGCUAAUAGAAAGUUACAUUAAGCAUUCCAAAUUUGUCGACAAAAAUUUAAUAUGCUUUCUGAUUUAUCUCAAUACGGUUCAGAAGAGGCUAAGCUCCAUCUCGAAUAAAUUGCUCAGGAAAGUCAUCAGGGAAAAUAAGAUGCCAGUAAAGAUCAGCGAAAACAUAACUCGAAGUGACGAAAUAACUUACCGAUAUCUUAUGUUUGAAAGAUGGAACCAAUUAAGGUACUCUCUUUUUUACAAUAUCAAUUAUGUGAGAAGUGGUGGUAAUAACAAAGUGAUGCUUCAGGAAGGUGGCCAAUCCGAUGGAUACAAAAAUGUAAACAUACAGACAAUUUUCGAUCUACACAAGUUUUCUGGAAAAUAUAAGAGACAGAAGUUACCUCCAUUUGAGUAUAGCAUGUUUCUUAAGUACAGAAUUCACAAGCAGAGUAAGUCAUGUGUCGUUGGGGAGGAUGGCGAGUCUCUCCUAUCUGGUGGGCGCACACAAGGGGUAGAAGAAACGGAAGAUGAAGAAGCCCUAUUCAUAAAUAAUGAAGAGAAUUUCUGCGGCUUCUCAAAUAACACCGAUUUGAAUAUAACCCCAGUACUGUCCUACUGCUGCGUCUGCUUCAAUGAUGAUUAUAAUAGUACACAGAUCACUGAACAGGGAGACCAUGUACAGAACAUGUCUAGGAAUAACUCAAUUUCGAACGAGGCCGUGAAUCUGAAGAGUGAGACCAUAGAUAAGACGCAGCAGGCAGGGGGAAGAAGUAGGUCCAGGACGCAGAAGGAGGAGGUGGUGGCCACUGGGGCGUCGGAACAGAACGGGAGGGAGAAGGGCGCCCUGGAGGCGACCUCUGCACGGGAGGGUGCUUUGGCCAGCAUGGGCGGCGGUUUGAACGGCCCCGCCGGGGGGUGCGAGAAAAAAAUCAACAGCAUCUGCAGUGGCACAGAAAUUGCCAUUAUCGAGAAGAACAUCAAGAAUAACCGCAACCUCAUGAUGCGCUGCGGACGGUGCUACAUGCACGUGCAUAAGUUCUGCUACAUUUCGACCAAAAAAACGGAAGAAAACAGUUCCACCUAUGCACAGCCAAGCACUUCCAUCGGGUCCAACGAGUGGCUCUGUCAGAGAUGCGAGUUUGAAAAGAAAACCCUCGGCACUAAUUAUCUGUACCUUUUUGACAAUCACGUCAAAUGUUACAUAUGCAUAGAAAGAGGAGGAGCCUUCAUCCAGCUUAGGAGUGACAUCUUUGUCCACACCUUCUGCGCUAUGUUUUGUGUGCCAGACUUGCUCGUCAAUGCGAAUGUGAAUUUAGAACAUAUGGAAGAGUUCCUAAAACUGAAUAAUUUGUCUUUAACACAGGAGAUUUUUUCCUCUCUUGAGAAGAAGAGACGAAAGCUUCUGAUGAGCAGAAACCCGACGAAGGGGAAGACGUUGGCGGAUGGUGCAAAGGAGGAUGAACUCGCCUUCGUCAAUGGGAAUAACAAUUUCAUGGAUCCCUGCUGCGAAUCGGUAUCUCAUCCGAGUGCGAUCAAUUUUCCCGUGAAUAAUCCCCUAAAUGUAGUAAACUGCGCAGAAGAGAAGACAGCCGAUUUUGCAAAUUUGGAGAAUAAUGAGGAGGAAGAUGCGGAGGAGAAAGGAAGGAAUUCUUUGUCGGAGUACUCCUCGAAUGGGAACACAUUCAGCGUAGCAGCUGAUGGUGGAAGCCCUAACCCCGAGGUGGACUCCAAACGUCGGUACAGAAACAAAUCGAUGAAGUCAAUUUUUUCGAAGAAUUACAUCUUCAGUGCUAUCAAAAGGGAUAAAAAAAACGUGGAUACGACGAAUAGUGGUGCCAACGUGGGUGACUUCUUUCCGUCUAAGCAGAAGGAGGAUAAGAAGAAGAGGGGUAGUGAAAACGUUAGCCAGAUUGAAAAUUUGAAAAAAAAAAAAAAAAAAAAAACUACAACGGAGAAUGCGACUGACGAGGUGAAUGGUACUUUGCUUUCGGAGAAGAGUGGGAACAGCGGCGUGACUGGUGGGGGCGUUAACGGCGCGAUCAACGGCCGCUUGGAGACUGAUGGAGACGGGGAGAAAGGUGACCUCGGGGAGGACAAGUGGGAGGGCAAUAACCCUGCACAUCGCGUUGAAGGGGGUGACUCCACGAGAAUCGGCUGUGAUGAUAGUAAAGACACAGAUCGAUCGAAGGACACGGACCUAUCGCAACGAAAAAAGGACAGUGUGAGAAUACAACCCGGGGGGAGAUACACACAGGAUGGAUACUCCUCCUCGGAUUCGUCGUCCUCCACCCUGACGGCGUCUUCCAUUCGAUCCGACAUGACGUUGUUUCACCGCCAAGAUGGGACGAAUGCAGAGAAGAGGGGUGGUCACCCCGAUGGGGAGGCCAUCACAUUAGAGAACCCAUCAGUGAGAAGGCAAAAAAGGGAGAACAUCCCCUCGAAGCCGCCACCGUGUAGACCGUACCUAUUGAACGGCUAUGCAGAGGAGAAGGUGCGAUGCGACGUCUGCUUGAAGAACAAAGGAUUAUUCAUCAAAUGUGAAAAUAUCAAAUGUGACCGGUACGUCCAUCCCCUCUGCGCAUACAUGUGUGGCCUCUACAUAAAGUGCAAAAAUUCAAAUAAGAAAUUUUUAAAAUUUCAGAACAAAAUUGAUUAUUGCUUCCCUCGCAUAUUAUUCUUCAUCAAAUGUAUCUUCCACUCUAUAAAGAAAUGGGGCGUCAUUAGAAUCUACGAUGAGAUCAUUAAGCGAAGGACCAAGUACCUCAAUCGGGAUCUCUAUCCGAGCAUAUACGAAAGCAAUAAAAAGGAUAGGAAGCAAAAGAAUUCUGUUAAGUAUAAGAUUAGAAACAAUUGUAGUAAUAUUAAAAAAGGGGGAAGUGUCACAGGAGGGGUUGGCAGUGGACCUGCUGCGGGGGGAGCGGCUGGAGGAGGAGUCGGAGCAGGCGCCGGAGAUGUCUAUGAAGUGCUCGCCUUUAACUUUAACUACUUAGAUUCUUAUCAAUAUAAUUUCUUCCUCCUUCCAUCUAUUGAUUAUAUGAAAAAUGACAUUUGCCUGGUUUGCUUUACGUCAUACAAGAAGAAGAAGCUGCUGUACUGUAAAUAUUGCAACAUGUGUGUGCAUAAGAGCUGCUACCUUGUCGAUUCGUCCUUUCUCGAAUAUCAAUUCUAUCGAAAGAAUAAGAGGACGCACACCUUUUUAAUGCACACGAAGCAGGGGAAGAUGAAGAACUUGCUGAGCAAAGUGAGGGAGAAGAAGGAAGAUCUACUGAACCGUCUGCUAGAACAGAAUAGCCACUGCGCUUAUGGUGAUCAGUCCCUGGGAGGACUUCUUACUUCGGCUGUGAAAAAGGAGGAUCCAACCUAUGGGAAGAUUGUCCCCCAGGAUGACCAUAUAGAUCUUCCUCCACAAGGGGAGAAAAGCAGCGAUAACCACUGCGGAGUAGAAUCUGAGCAGGUGGAGGGGCAGCUUCUGGAGAGAAAACUUCCUGAGGAGCCACUUCUGGAGGAGAAACCUCCGGAGGAGCCGCUUACGGAGGAAGGGCAUCCUUAUCAUCCCCCUGGAGAGGAUUCCCAAAAUGUGGAGAUCCCCCCUGUGUGCAAUGGUAUUAUCACGCCCGAAGGAGACGCACCAAGUUGUGUAUCUCCAAUUGAAGCAGCCCACCUAUGCCGCGAAUCUGCGGACUGCUCAAAAGAAGAACAUCUACCGAUGCGAAACAGAACGAGCACAAACAAAGAGAUAGAAAACUCCAAUCGAUUUAAAGAGUUAAUGCAAAAGGAAGUUAUCACCUCUUUGUAUACGCCUGAAUAUUUCCAAAGCGCCGAAAUUAUUAACACACUGAAGGAGUUUAAAAGGAGGCAGAAGUUGCUGCAGAUGAGUGAAAAUGGUAAAUACUGGUCUGAGGAGGAGAAGUGCCUGACCGAUUUGGAUGACAUAGAAGAGAGGAAGUUAUUUGUGUGCGAUUUGUGUGCCAAUAAUUACAGCCAUGAAAAUGUGAACUGCAUACUCUGCAGCCGAAGGGGAGGCGCCAUCAAAUUAAUCAAAGUGAAUGAUUCAAACAAGACAGAAAAAAGUAAGAACAGAAAAAAUUCCUUCCUAAAAUCUGAAAAAGAAUUCGUUUUUGUGCAUAUGCAAUGUGCCUUGUACUCUCCGCAGAUUAUUAUACAGGACAUUGGGGAGGAAUAUUACCAGAUUUUUAAUUACGAUAAUUUUUCCAUGCACAACUAUGACGAGGUGUCACAGAUGAAAAAAAAGGAUUUCAAAUCAGACACGGAAGUUUGUGUUUCGAAUAACGAGUGUUACUAUGAUGAGAAGCAGAGUUUGUUGGGGGAAUUCCUUUACCGCUGUGCAGCCGGGCCCAGUGUGAACAGGGGUCGGAACGGCCGCAGGGUCGCCCCUCGGAAGAACAUCGCUAGUUCUGCCUGCGCGGGGGGAAGCGCGGUGGGAGGUGCGGCUGCCAAUACGGCGACCAAUGUAGCUGUGAGCGGAGCAGCCAGCGGAACAGCCAGCGGAGCAGUGAACGGAUAUGUUGCCGUUCCGGACACUGUCGUCGCCGUCUCCGCGCUGCUUACCCCCCCACAGGAAAUAGCCGCAGAAGUGGGCGCGCCUUCCGGGGGAACCAUCCAGAUUAAGGAGGAAACGGAAUCUACAAGUGGUGUGGUAGCGGAAGUCGUGCCACGCGUUAGCUGCAGUGUCAGGCAGCCGAACGGGAUUGGCAACCCCGGUGAGGGAGAAGGCGACGUGAAAGUAGAGAAGCCGCUAAGUUUUGACGUAGCUGAGGAAGGAACGGAUGGAGUGAGCACGCUAUCACAAAGUGGGCUUCAAAGUGGGCUUCAAAAUGGGCCGCUAAACGGGCCUCUAAACGGGCUGCAAAACGAAGCGCAUGAUGCAGACCACUGUGGCGUCCACUUGAUUAAGAAGGAGCGGGUCGAACACCCAACCGAGGCGCACAACCUGACGAGCGUCGCGCAAAGUGGGGACGAGCUGCAUUGCCCCAACGGCACCACGCAGAGUAACAUAAUUGUAAGCCAAAUGGACCAGUAUGGAAAGACAGCCAAAAAAGAAAAUGAAAUUUUAUCCUACAGUAAAUCUAGCAGCAUCAUGGCAGAGACCAACAAGAACAAGACGCUAAUCGUCACAUCCUCCACGCACUUAGGAUUCUCAAACAAAAAAACAACAAACCUCUACUACUACAAUUUCAACAGAAAAAAAAAUAACUACAAAAUUAUAGUUAAAGAUAAAUUAAAAAGACACCUAAAUAAAAAUGUAUGCUACAUUUGUAACCUCACGUAUGGCUAUACACAAAAGUGUGUCGAAAGUAAUUGCAGUCAUUAUUUCCACAUAUCCUGUGCGAAGAUACACAGACUUUUCUUCGAAUUCGAUUAUACCCUUUUUAAAAUAUAUCCAAAUGUCACCAAUAUGGAAAUUUCCAAAUCGUCCAACUGCUCCGUGGGGACCAUCAUCUUCUGUGACGUCCACUCCACGAUGAGGAGGAAGGUGAAGCCAUCCAUAAAAUUAUUUUCCAAACUGAGAUCCUUCUUAGAACUGGCACGGAUAAUUGUAGGGCAGAUGAAGAAAAGGGAGGACAUUAAAAAUGCCUGGAUAAAGGAAAAGCACAAGAGGGACAUUAUGUGUGAUGGACAUGUGGUGAAGGAGGUGGAUAAUCCGGGAGGUGGAGACAAUGUGGACGAUGGUGACGACCCGGAAGAUGCAGACGUGGAAAGUUUCCUUUCCAUUUCCGGUUCCGAUGGUGACGCUGAAGAUUCGCAUGAUGAUUAUCUCUCCCAAGAGAAAGAGGAGUCCAGCCUGCUCAGUGAUGAUGCCUUGGGGAUGAUGCAUGAGAGUGCCCCCUGCAGCAAUGACAACAUUGGAAGGCGUGGCAGUAGCAGCGGAGGGAGCCGAGAAAGCAGUAGUAGAAGUGGCUUCAUCCGUCGAAGCAAUAACACUAAAAGAGGAGAUAAGGAACCUACACCCAACCACCACCACGCGGGGGAAGAAGACACCCCAACAAUGGAGGAACAACUCCAAAUGGAGGGCGUCGCUGAUCAGAAGGAUGCCCGUGAUGAUGACCAUAAGUUAAGUGUGCUAAGUGAGUCUGCAGAAGUACCAAAUGGGGACACGGGUGCAGAGGGCGGAAUCGUACAGAGGAAUGAGCCCAUGGCGAAGGAAAUGCAAAAUCCACUGGAAGACAUAGCGGACAAAACGGAAAGUGAUAUGUACGAGUUUUACGUGCCGGAGGAGGAAGCCGAGGACACUUAG